AGCCAUCUAGUAGUGGGCCGCGAGAGCAAACGAGAGAGCGACGAGGGUAAGGAAAAAAGUUCUUGUAUUAGCUGAAUAUAUGCUGCAAACUGUGGUCGCAGGAUUCGCUGUUUGUUGGACAUUUUCUGGUUUUCUAGGUGCAAUCCAGAACGGAACUAGCUGAAUUGUAGUGCAAUUGUUACGCGGACUCAUUGCGAGUUGAAUUCGGUUGUAGGCCGAGUGUAUUUCGGAAUAGUGUUGUGAGAAAAACUGAGUGAACUGUGAUUUUCUACAUACGAUUGAAGCUCAGGACACUAGGCGUAAAUUGGGAAUUCGCCAAGUGUCGGCAGGUUUGCUUGCUGUCCACGGCCUAGGAGCUGAUAUCGAAUCUAAUGGAAUACUAAUCAUCGAUCUAGAGCAAAGUAAGCAGGAAACGGAUUAAUUUUAACUUCAAAACGGGUAGCGGUGCAGGUGAUUUCAUCAUCGUCAUCAGCGCGCUUGGAACAAGAUGCCUCGCCGGUCAACAAGUAGUGCGUGUUUAAUCCGUAAGAUAGCCAAUACCUACUAGUGUAUAUGGCUUGAUGACAACUUCGUUGUGUAAUUAGUGAAUAAAGAAAAAUUAGAUUCCAAUUGAGCGAAAUCGGUGCAUUUAGUGAAUUGUGCGUGCGUUUAGUGGACCUCAGUGAGAUGGGGAAGCUCGGAGCGGCCGCCGACGGAAUGCGGUGCCCGAGCAGUUCGGCCCAGGGGUGUAGUCAACGGUUGCCGUACCGUCACCCAGUGCAACGUAGUCAUCGAUUAAAAUUACUCAGUGUUUCAAUGUUAGCCAUCGUAGUAGUGUUAGUGUUAAAUCUCAAUGUUGUCAUAGUAUCGUGUAAGCACCAUCGCCAUCAUAGCGCUAGCAACGAAGAGUUCAAGUUCGAUCCAACGAACAGCUUUAUAAGCUUAGUCCUGCCACAUGACACAUAUCCGGGCUAUAGCAUCCAGAAGUUCACCGCUAACUUCACCAGUCCGAACUCGCCGUUCUCGUCGAUUUCGUCCUAUUCGUCCAAGCCGCUCAACUAUCGGCUACUGGAGACGGACUACUCCAAAUACUUUACUGUACUGGAUGACGGAAUGGUUAUGACCACUUCCGAUCUCUCCCCGCUAGUCAACCGGCCGGUCAAACUGGUCGUUCUGGAGGAGACCCCUAACUCAACUGCCACCCAUCAGCUACAGCUGUACAUUAUGAACCGCAAGGAUAUGCUACAUUUCCCCAGUGCUCUCGGUGAAACGGUCGGUGAAUUGAGUGAAAAUAAAAACGCCGGUACGCGAGUUCGUGAACUUCCGCUUCUGCAGGCAAAUUCCGCGCGCGGUGCCAAAUCGGUUAUCUACUCGAUCGUACACGGUAACAAUGGUCGCGAAUUCGCACUGGAGGACAGUAGCAGCGGAGAGAUCAAGAACACCGUUCGAAUCGAUGACACACGUAAGCACGGUGUUUGGUUGGUUUCGAACAAGCCAUUGGAUCGUGAAGCCAAGGACGAAUACAAUAUCGUGGUGGAAGCUACGGAUUCAAAGAAAAUUAAUAGAGCAGAAGUUAAACUGCAAAUUAAGAUUUUGGACGUAAAUGAUAAUCAUCCCGUGUUCACCAAGCCAGACUACCGUUUCACGGUAAAUGGUGUCAAAUCAACGAACGCCUAUGGCAAUGAAACCAUCACCUGGGAACGAUUCACCAGCUUUGGAAAGGUCGAAGCCAAAGACGCCGACGGAGACAAGGUGGCAUACCGUCUGACGAACCCCAGUAAUAUGGUGGUAAUUGUCCCGCAAACCGGUGAACUGCUGCUAGCCGGUGAACCGGACAUGUCCGAACUGUUCAUCGACGUGGAGGCCCAUGACAUUCGCACGCCUAGUUUGACAAGUGAAAAACCAGCUCGCGUACUGAUCGAAUUCGUUGCACCGGAUCCGGUUCCGGUGGUGAUGCAACAUCUGAACCACGAGUAUCAACAUUCCCAUCGGAGAGACAAACGGCGUGUCACCCGUGCAGUUCGACCUACCAAACGGAUCGAUUUCACCGAAGCCGAGGGUGACACGGAAGGCCGCAAUGUGUUCCAGCUGGAGAAGGAAACGGAUCGGGAAACGUUCAAGAUCCGGGACGAGAACCCGUGGGUUACGGUCGAAACUAAUGGUGCCGUUCGCGUUAAGAAGAAGUGGGACUACGAAGAGCUGGGACCGGAGAAGACGAUCGACUUCUGGGUUAUCAUCACCAAUCAGGGACAUAAUGGUGAGUGUUGGAUUUUUGCAGUUUUGUAUUUGCUAGUUUUUUUAUUUGUGGGUUAUCAUCUGGGUGGGUUUUAA